CCUCCAAAAUGGAGGCUUCAGGACCCAGGAAGGCAGAGGGAUUGCCAAAAUUGAGAGAUUUAUUGAGAAGGCAGAGAGAAGACUCCUUUUCUGAGAGUAUGUGUGAAACCCCUGACAUUGAAUAUACUUAUGAUGAUGCAGACACGUAUCGUGCUGAAAUGGCAGAAUUGUAUAGUUAUACAGAGGAAUCCGAGUUUGUGGAAACAAGAAAGGCAUUUGAACAAGGAUUUGACCUGAAAGGGUAUGACAAGUGGACGACUGCAUCUCCAGAAAUCCAGAGGAAACACGUCGUAUUUUUACAGAAUGAGCUAGAAAUGGCUGACCGUGAUCGACGGUUUAAUGCGCUGAUGGCCUUACUCUACCUCCUACAAGGGGUACAUGGAGAGUGUGACGCUGAGGACCAACAGCGAGACUGGGUGAUGACCAAUGUACACAUGCUCUAUGAACAGGGCCUGUUCAUCUCUUUUGCUGAGGUCUUGUCAAUGGAAAUCGAGAAUACUGCUGCUGCAUCUAAUGCUCUACGCAAACCAGCUGUGUCUGUGGCUGAUAGCAAAGAUCUAAGACUGUUGUUAAAUGCUCUCUAUACGAUGGUGGAGACCAUGAGACUGCCACCAGAAAGUAUGUCCGAGGAACAGAAACGCAACCAGGAACUCUUCAAGGAAGAUCUGGUGACACCAUGUGUUGGAGAUGACAUACUAGCGAUCACAUUAUUUGGAAUGGUGACCAAGUUCUGUAGUGGAAAUGCUCCACACUUCCCCAUGAAGAAAGCUUUACUUCUACUAUGGAAAGUUGCCUUGGUAUCACUGGGAGGCCUGCGAGCUUUACAGGAGAAGAAAAAUGUUGUACGAGUAGAAAAUGGCCUACCAAAGCUCCCAGAGGACACUUAUGAGGUGUGCAAAAACAUGCGGGCAUCCUCUCCUCCAGCCUCUGCAACUGACCUCAUUGAACAGCAGAUGCCACGGCGAUAUGGUGUUAGAGGCAAACGGAGUUUGAUCAAACAGAGCAGUCUACCGGACGACACUUUUGACAACGGUGCCGAAGACGAGCUGGAUAUGAACAGGGGCAGUGACGACGAGCUACCCCCUACACCUCCACGACCUGCAACCCCUAUACAGCCGCAUCAAAAGUCGUUACCAUGGAAACCCAAAGUCAGACAAAAAGAUCUGGAGUUAUUUUUAGACCACACCAGGAUUAAGUUCGUAGGUUUCCAGGUCGAGAAAGAUCAGUCAUCACUAGCUGGUCUACCCCAGCCUAUCCACGAGGGUGUUAAAGUCCUCAAGCAGCAUUUGUACAUAUCCCUGACAGAGCUGCAGAUCAAACGUGAAGAGGAGAUAGCAAAGAAUCCCCUGUCCCAGCCGGAGAAGGAAGUGCCCAACUCCCCAGUGGAGAUCCUGUUCCAGGCCAUGCUACCAAACCUCCCACAAUACAUGAUAGCUUUACUAAAGAUUUUACUGGCAGCCGCACCCACGUCAAAGACGAAAACCGACUCCAUCAAUAUUUUAUCAGAUGUCUUGCCCGAGGAAAUGCCUACCACAGUUCUACAGUCGAUGAAGCUUGGGAUUGAUGUGAACAGACACAAAGAAGUCAUUGUUAAAUCCAUAUCUGGUCUUCUUCUGCUGCUUCUCAAAAACUUCAAACUCAACCACAUCUACCAGUUUGAAUUCCUCAGUCAACACUUGGUGUUUGCCAACUGUAUACCUCUGGUACUCAAAUUCUUCAACCAGAACAUCAUGUCAUACAUUGGAGCCAAAAACAGUAUUCCUGUGCUGGACUUCCCACGGUGUGUUGUUGGAGGCCCUGUAGAACUCACUGCCGAGGCUCUGGAAAAUGGUGAUGAUCAACCGUUCUGUUGGAGAAAUCUGUUCUCCUGUAUCAACCUCUUACGAAUACUCAACAAGCUGACUAAAUGGAAGCACUCGAGAACAAUGAUGUUGGUAGUGUUCAAAUCCGCCCCCAUCCUGAAACGAGCUCUUAAGGUCAAACAUGCCAUGAUGCAACUGUACAUCUUAAAGCUCCUGAAGAUGCAGACCAAAUACCUGGGCCGACAGUGGAGGAAGAGCAACAUGAAAACCAUGUCUGCCAUCUACCAGAAAGUGCGCCAUAGGCUAAACGACGACUGGGCUUACGGCAAUGACAUGGAUGCUCGUCCCUGGGAUUUCCAAGCGGAGGAGUGUGCAUUACGUGCAUGUGUUGACCGCUUCAACAAUCGGAGGUACGGAGUGAACGGGACAGACCCAGACUUCAAACCUUUGGACACGUGUACUCUUAGUGUGCUGGGAGAAUCGAUAGAACUUAGUCCAGAAUUCAAACAAAACUACGAACGCUGGCUUGAGAUGGAGGUGUACUCCAAUCAGAUUGACUGGGACCAGAUUUUGAUGCUAUAAUUUUCACACAAUGUUUGGAGAAUUAAACCCAUUUCAUGAGUAUAGGUUGUGAAAUGAUGUUAAAAGUGUUUAGGUCUGAUGACAUAUCUGUUACAAAACAAAUCAAGUUAAUGUCUGAAAGUCUGAUAUGUAGAUUUUUGAAGAAUCCAGAUUGUAUGCAUAAACAGUAUAAUCGUGUUUUAUAUAGCCAAAACUCCAGGAUUAAUGAAAGAAAAUAAUAAUCAUCUGUGAAGUUUCUGUGUGUGAGUGUUCAGCAAGCUAGUUGUCCAGAUUUGUUUGAUCCAAAUCAGGAUAUAACGGUGCUGUUUAGAUGGACAGCAUUUACGGAACUUGGAAUUUAUAAAAUAUGUACUGAUAUAAAUUCUGCUGUCUACAUCACUUGAUCUAUGUCUUUAAAAUCUGACAUUUUCUUUUGUUAAGUUGAGAUCAUAAUGAGUUCUGUUUGUUACCACAGAAUGCAUAGCACAUACGUUGUUGGUGUGUGUAUGCAAUUCAACAUCACGUCUAGAUUGGACUUGAGAGCUAAGAUAUUUCCAACGGUAUACUGUAGCUCUACCAAAUUUGUUAGAUAUAUUAAGUAUGGUAAGGGUGUGUGUCAUAUACCACUUUGUAGUCAUUACGCUCAAGGUCAAGGUCUCACACAUUUUGCGACAGUCUCGGUGACCUUUUCAGGAAACAUUAUCCAUCAGUUUUACUGAUUUUCAAGUUUUUGAUAUGAACAAUUACGAGAGUUACUUCAUUUUGAAAUUUUAGUAGUUUUAUUUCUAUUCCAUUUUUUUUAGUGUACGAAAGAAGUGACAUAGUUUUUGCGGAAACAUGAUGAAAUCUUGUUGUUAAGAUAUGUUGCAAAGAAAAAAUCAGACAUUCAAAAUCAUUUCAUCACCAAUUAUACUUUUAAAAGAAAAAGGAAGAACAGUUAGACAAAUGAUCUGGUCUGGCAUACAAAUGUUUUAAGGGACAAACAGACUUGGAUUCACAUUAGCACUAGAAGUGGUAUGAUUGAUGGAAUUCGUGACAAUUCUGCGAUAAUGUGUGAAGUAUGUAAAUGAGAGGGAUGUAUUCAAAGCUUAAGUCAAUUUUACAAGAACGAAAUAUCUUUUGUUUUUGUUUGAUGUUAUGAUAUCUGGAAAAUUUGAGUGCUAUUUGAAAACGAAAAUAGAAAAAGAAAGGAACUACCACCUUUGAAGCUUGUAAAUGUGUAAUAGGAAUCUCGUUAAGUAACUAGUACAGCAUACCCGACCCAUGAUGAAUCCACGUGUUCAAUGUAAAAAUUAUUUUAGCUAUUUUCUGUUUAAAUAUCUUGCACACUUGAGUUCUGUGUCGCAGGUAAAACUCACUCAUUUGCAAAUCUGGAAAAAAACUGAAGAGACAUAUCCGCUAAUGAUAAUUGAAUACAGCUUAACAUUUUGAAAUAAAAAGAAAAAAUCUGAUGCGACACAGUCAAACAAAAAUAUUUCGGAGUCUGAGAUUUGCAACCAAAAAUAUUAAGUUUGAGAUAAAUGAAGUAUUUAGUAUACAAGAGCUGGUGGUGAUUUUGUUUGACUUUAAUUAUUAGACGGGUCACCAUAGGUAACUAUUACCUGUGGUAGACAUGUAGAGGUUUUCUGUAGGGGACUGACAACACAGAACACUAUCUGUAACCUCAUUCCCAUAGAAGUAUGUAAAGGGAGGGUCAUUUCUGGGAAAAAAUAUACCAUUGACAGGGGGGAGGUCUCAGAACCUUCCAUUUCCGUUUCCAUUUGUCAGUUAUCUCCCUUUAAUCACAUCUUGAUCUAAGGGCCCAUUCGGUUUUAAACGUAACAUUUUCGGGUAUAAACCCAGGUCUGUAUGCAAGCCUUGCAAGACUUUGUCUUAAAGCAGCAUCAGAUUACUAGGUCCGACCUUAUUUCAUAAACGAACAACUGGUGAACCGAUGCUUAUUGUAAAGUGUUCCCUAUAUUACUGUGAAGUUGUGUUUGUGGUAGCUUACUCUUCACACUUGUAAACGUACUACAUAUAAUAGGCGAAAGAAUUAUGUAUAAAUGAUCCAUAAGUUAUACAUGACAUUCAUGAUUUAUUUAUUAAAUUUGUAAUACAUUUA